AGCUGGCUGUCAACCUCACGCUUCGCCACACUUAGCUUAACGUUAAGCUAACCAAACAUGUUAAUGCGAUGAAACUGGAAAAUAUUGAUCAUGGCUAACCUGUGGAUCUCGUUAGCCGUCGUGGUUGUCCACAGCAUCCUGUACAAACCCUGCGAGGCUCUUUGGUGUAACUGCACUACUGCCCAGUGUGAGAAGACUGGCUCCCGCUGUGAGACUGAUGGAGCCUGCAUGGCCUCCACUUCCUUCAUCGAUGGCCAAGAGCAGCAUAUUCGCAUCUGCAUCACAAGGGAAAAACUGGUGCCUCCUGGACAGCCAUUCUACUGCAUCGGUGCAGAGGGUCUGCUCAACAUUCACUGCUGCUACACCGACUACUGCAACAGCAUCGACCUCCAAGUACCCUCAGUUACGACACAGCCAGGACUGGGGGGAGGCUACGGUCCAGGUGGGACAUGGGGGUUGGUGGAACUGGUGGCUGUGAUCGCAGGGCCGCUGUUCCUACUCUGUCUGCUGCUGCUGGUGGUUGUGUUCCUGUAUCAGUACCACCAGAGGGCGUACAGCCACAGGCAGAGGCUGGAGGUGGAGGACCCCUCCUGUGACCACCUGUACCUGGCCAAAGACAGGACCCUGCAGGACCUCAUAUACGAUCUGUCCACGUCUGGUUCAGGCUCCGGUCUCCCUCUGUUUGUGCAGCGGACUGUGGCAAGAACGAUUGUCCUCCAGGAGAUCAUUGGUAAAGGGCGUUUCGGGGAGGUGUGGCGAGGACGCUGGAGGGGAGGUGAUGUAGCGGUAAAGAUCUUCUCUUCAAGAGAGGAGCGCUCUUGGUUCCGUGAGGCUGAAAUCUAUCAGACCAUCAUGCUCCGUCAUGAAAACAUCCUGGGCUUUAUUGCUGCAGACAACAAAGACAAUGGCACCUGGACUCAGCUGUGGUUGGUGUCGGACUACCAUGAGUACGGCUCCCUGUUUGACUACCUGAACCGCUACUCUGUCAACACUGAAGGAAUGAUCAAACUGGCACUGUCAGCUGCCAGCGGCCUCGCACAUUUGCACAUGGAGAUUCUUGGAACACAAGGCAAACCCGGCAUCGCUCACAGAGACUUGAAGUCCAAAAACAUCCUUGUGAAGAAGAACUGCACCUGUGCCAUCGCUGACCUGGGAUUGGCUGUCCGUCAUGACUCUGCCACUGACACUAUUGACAUUGCACCUAAUCAACGAGUGGGCACCAAGAGGUAUAUGGCUCCUGAGGUUUUGGAUGAAACCAUCAACAUGAGACACUUUGACUCCUUUAAAUGUGCUGAUAUCUAUGCUCUAGGGCUGGUCUACUGGGAGAUUGCACGCCGCUGUAAUAGUGGAGGUAUCCACGAAGAGUACCAGCUGCCCUACUAUGACCUGGUGCCCUCUGACCCCUCAAUAGAGGAAAUGAGGAAGGUGGUGUGUGACCAAAGACUACGACCUAACAUCCCUAACUGGUGGCAGAGCUACGAGGCUCUCCGAAUUAUGGGCAAAAUCAUGAGAGAGUGUUGGUAUGCUAAUGGAGCUGCCCGCUUGACAGCCCUACGCAUCAAAAAGACCCUGUCCCAGCUCAGCGUUCAGGAGGACAUUAAAGUGUGAGCUGAGUCAGCAGAGUUCUUAGAGAGAGAGCACUGAUGGAGCCCCGACUCCAGACUGUACGUAGGAUGCUGAGAGAGAGGAGCUGGGCUCUCUACAAAGAAUGCACAAAGUCAGAGAUUAUGGUGAAGAGUCGCACUUUGUAAAAUAUGACUUCAUAGACACUCCUUCCAGUUUUGAAGCCACUUGAUUUCUGACAAACCCUACCUCGCUUACCCAGCCAAACUACCAAGAAACACCUUUCCUGUCUUGUCUCAGCUACUGCUGCCCUACCUGAACUUUUUGUCCCUCUUUAAACUCCAUACUAACAGAACCUUUGGAUUUCCUGUGUACUUGUAUGCAAUAGAUAGCAGGAUAUGUAAUUAACCAGUUAAGAUUUUGAAAACCAGUCACUUGUAUUUUGUCCAGGUCCAAUUGAUCAUGGUUCGUUCGUAGUGAACAAACAGGAUUUUUCUCUUUUGUAUUUAAAAGGAGACUAGCGGGGAGAUUUUUAACUUAUUUUUUUCUUAUUCUGUUGUUUAAAUUUCUAGAUAUUGUUAUAAGUAUAUCAGCGUUUUUGGGGUUCUUGUGCAGGUUUCUCUGUCUCCUGCAGCACACAGGCAUGUUGUUCAGAGAACAGCUCUUCUGCUAAGACUGUGUGCUUUAGCUGUCUGCUGAUUACCAUGUAAGCAUGUACAAAGCUGUUGAGGCAGUUUGUGUGAAAGCAGCAUAUUGACUUUUCACACAGUAUUUUGAGACUUUAAACAACACUGGAUUAUUAGAUAUUAUUUAGCCUUUGGAAAAACUGCCUGGAGCCUUCCCAGUGAGCUGUUGUGAACCUCAGGUUUUCCUCAUGCUUACAGAUCAACAACUUCCCCCCCAUUUUCUCCUGUAUAGAACAGUCUAAAGCAAAAAUAACCCUUGAGGAAUUUGAAAGCAAGGAUGUAUGGUUAAAGGUUGUGUCAUGGAGAAGCAGCGACUUGAUACUGAAUGUUUCAUCGUCUGUCUUCUGUGGACUUCAAAUUGGGACACAAGUAGUGCUGAGCUAAAAGUAGUUUCUAUAAAUGUUAACAUUGUUAUCUGAAUGCAGCCACUGUAUCUUGAUCAGACCACAUCCUGCCAUUAGAACCGGUGUUGAUCCAGUCACUUGGAUAAGCUGGUGUACAAGACAUCUGGCCCUUGAAACAGCCAGUACAGUUCACACUGUACUUUAAAAUGGGGAAAUAGGCUUUCUUUGAAAACUCCCCUACAAACACUAACUCCAGGAGUCUGAAUACUGUUUGUUUUUAUUGUUAAAGCAAUCUUCUUUUUUCCCUCAGGGUGCAUUCUCCCUGGCCAAGUACAACUACUGCACAUAAUUUAGCUUUUUAAGGUAACACUUGUGUACAUAUGACAGUAAAACUUUGUUUCAUGUUGAUGCUUGGGUCAUGUUUUAGAUAGUUGAAUCUUUUAUACUGUAAUUUUGGUUGUUGUUAAGAAAAUGUAAGGCCUCUGUCUUGCAGUUUGUAAACAGAAUUAUGUACCAAUGUACUUUCUGACCUCUGAAGUACAGUUACUGUACUUGUCGGAUACACUGUUUCUGUUGACUUUGUCCUUUAGCUCUUUUCUUACUGCAGUGUUGGACUUUAAUUGAUGUUUCCCCCUCCCACCCUCCUUUCUCCACCUUACAAUACCUCCUUCAUGUGUAUUCAUACGAGGAUUUUGUUCAAGCUAACAUUGUCAAACCACUGUCUACAUUCAUCAGGAAUAAAGGUGCACUUUGUCUUUAGCUGGAUGCAAAUUCAACAGGUACUGUUUGUGUAAGGUCUUUCCCAUGUUAUUUAUAUUGUAUGCUGUGAGUCCCAAUGGAAGCCUGAAAGGCCACAAUGUGCACUACUACUGACCUCGCAGCACUGAAACCAAACUGUUCUCAGAAUCAUCUCCAGUCACAAUGACCUUGAGUGUUUAAGAUCACACCACUGAAAAUGAGAAUGUUUUUAGAAAUCAUGCCAAUAAGUCGCUGUAUACCUAAAACUGUAAAAAGAAUCAAACCUCUUCUUUGGGAGAAGAAAUGUUUAAACUAAAUACUACUGAAAUGUCUCAAUGUGGUCCCAAAAAUGUGUUUGACUAAUAACUGUAUUUAAUAAUCACUUGUUAACUGCACUGUAUUGUUUUGUAGGAUGUUUGAACAGAUGGACCGUCCUAAAUGCUGUUUUGUUUGUCUGGAAAGACUGGUGAGCCCUACUUUUUUGAAAGAAGGUUGAGUGUCCUAAAUAACCUUACACUAAAGGGGUAUGUGUGUUGAAAUGUACCUGCUUAUGAUACACAAAAACAUUGUGUAUUUGAGAGUUUUAAUUUUUUGCACCAAGUAUCCAUAUGAAAGAUUAGGAGUCAGAGAAAUAAGGUUGUUUUAAAGGUUGUGACCACUGUAAAGUCUCUGUCCAGACAUGGCAAAGACACUGCAUCCAUGUAGAAACCCCUUCAGGACUCUAAUCAUGUAACUUCGACUAUAGAGUAAUAAUAAAUGCAAAUGUUUUUCUUA